AUGACCACGUACACACCCAGGGUGAUCAGCUUGACCAAAAGGGAAGGCCAGAGCUUCGGCUUCCUGCUGCGGUUGGAGUUGGUCGAGGAGGGUCACCUGAUCCGAAACCUGGACAGGGGCGGCCUUGCAGAGCUGGCCGGCCUUAAGGAUGGUGACCGGAUCCUGAGAGUUAAUGGCAUCUUUGUGGAUGAUCUGGAUCACUCAUUGGUGGCAGGGAUGGUGAGAAACAGUGGCUCUUCUGUCAUUCUACACGUUCUGGACAAGCACUCCUACAAACAGUCCAAAGCCAGUGGUGCCAACCUGUCCGAACCCCAGUCUCGCCCCACCAUGAAUGGGACAGCCAGAACCGACCCUAAACCCAAACUCUGUUUCCUGGAGAAAGCCAAAAGUGGAUAUGGGUUUUCUCUUAAAUCAAAGAAUGGUGAGGAGGGCAUAUUCAUUUUCAAUGUGACUCCAUCUGGGGUCGCCGAAAAGGCUGGAGCAAAAACCUCUGACCGAGUCCUGGAGGUCAACAGUGAAAACGUGGAGAUCGCCACCCAUGAUCAGAUUGUGGAGAAGAUCAAGGCUGGAGGAAACAGCAUCAUGUUCUUGCUGGCAGACGAAGAGACUGACAGACACUACAAGAACAAGAAGAUAAAGCUGGGCGUGGGGUUGGCCACCACCAAGUAUCUCCCGCGCACGCCACGCAUUGUUGACAUUACCAAGGGCUCUGAUGGCUACGGGUACUUCCUGAGGUCCUACCCCAACCUAAAAGGUCACUUCAUAAAGGAUAUUGAUAAGGGGAGUCCAGCAGAGAAGGUGGGUUUGAGGGACAUGGACCGCCUGGUGGCCAUAAAUGGGGAUGGGCUGGAUGGCUUGACCCAUGAACAGGUGGUAGAGCGGAUCCAUCAGUGCGGAGACAAGUGCUGCCUGCUGGUGGUCGAUGCGGAAACCGACAAGCUGUACAAGCUGGGAGGUGCAUCUCCCCUCCUCUACUGGGAGGAAAUGAGAGGACCCCUUCCGCAGCCAUCUCCUCCCGCAUCUCCCAAGGCAAUGGCGAAACCAAUAACAGCCCUCCCAGCAUAUGACCAGGCCCCUGCCCCUGCAAAGCCCUCUGAGGACAACUACAAACCCAAACUCUGUAAGCUGGAGAAGACCUCGAGUGGAUUUGGGUUUCACCUGAACGGCAUCAUAGGAGAAACAGGCCAGUACUUCAUUAAAGAGGUGGUGAAAGGCGGGGUAGCAGACCGGGCGGGGCUCGAGGAUGAAGACAUAGUAAUUGAAGUGGAUGGUGUGAACGUAGAGGCCCACCCCUAUGGGGAAGUGGUGGACAUGAUCAAAGCUAGUGGAAACAGCCUGGUCCUAUUGGUUGUGGAUCAACAGGCCUAUAACUACUUCAAGGCCAAAAAGAUCCCCAUCACCACCCUCCUGCUGUCCCAGGACAGUUUCGACAGGCCUCACACUCCCGCCAGUCUCAAGGAAGUGAAGGAGGUGGAAGAGGAGGACAAAGAGGAGAGUGACAAAGAGGAGGGUGACAAAGAGAAGAGUGACAAAGAGGAGAGUGACAAAGAGGAAAGUGACAGAGAUAAGGGUGACAAAGAAGAGGAGAGUAACAAAGACAUAGAGAAAAACAAAGAAGAGGAGAGUAACAAAGAGGAAAAGAGAGACAAAGAGGGGGAGAAAGAACCAGCUACUUUGCCCAUCCUGACAGAGGCUCGUGAGAGGACGGCAUCUGCUUCAUCUUCGUCAUCCUCUCUGAGUGUAGAUGAACAGCUCUGA